AUGGCGCUGUCUCAAGGAACAAAGAAAAAAGUUUGCUAUUAUUAUGACGGUGACGUGGGGAACUAUUACUACGGCCAANGUCAUCCCAUGAAGCCCCACAGGAUCCGCAUGACGCACAACCUCCUCCUCAACUACGGACUCUACAGGAAAAUGGAGAUCUAUAGGCCACACAAAGCCAGCGCUGAAGAGAUGACCAAGUACCACAGUGACGACUACAUCAAGUUCCUGAGGUCCAUCCGUCCAGACAACAUGUCUGAGUACAGCAAACAGAUGCAGAGAUUUAAUGUCGGAGAGGACUGUCCAGUUUUUGACGGUCUGUUUGAGUUUUGCCAGCUCUCGACAGGUGGCUCAGUCGCUGGAGCAGUGAAGCUGAACAAGCAGCAGACGGACAUCGCCAUCAACUGGGCUGGAGGACUCCACCACGCCAAGAAGUCUGAGGCGUCCGGCUUCUGCUACGUCAACGACAUCGUCCUCGCCAUCCUGGAGCUGCUGAAAUACCACCAGAGGGUGCUCUACAUAGACAUCGACAUCCACCAUGGCGACGGCGUUGAGGAGGCCUUCUACACCACAGACAGGGUCAUGACCGUUUCCUUCCACAAAUACGGGGAAUACUUCCCCGGCACUGGAGAUCUGAGGGACAUCGGAGCAGGAAAAGGCAAGUACUACGCCGUAAACUACCCUCUAAGAGACGGCAUCGACGAUGAGUCUUAUGAAGCCAUCUUCAAACCUAUUAUGGCUAAAGUCAUGGAGAUGUACCAGCCCAGUGCUGUGGUUCUGCAGUGUGGAGCAGAUUCUCUUUCUGGAGACCGACUGGGCUGCUUCAACCUCACCAUCAAAGGCCAUGCCAAGUGCGUGGAGUACAUCAAAAGCUUCAACCUACCUCUGCUGAUGCUGGGUGGAGGCGGCUACACCAUCCGCAACGUCGCCCGCUGCUGGACCUUCGAGACGGCUGUGGCCCUGGACUCGUCCAUCCCCAACGAGUUGCCCUACAACGAUUACUUUGAAUACUUUGGGCCCGACUUCAAGCUGCACAUCAGCCCGUCCAACAUGACCAACCAGAACACCAACGAGUAUCUGGAGAAGAUCAAGCAGCGUCUCUUUGAGAACCUGCGCAUGCUGCCUCACGCCCCCGGAGUCCAGAUGCAGGCCAUCCCCGAGGACGCCCCGCACCCCGACAGUGGAGACGAGGACGAGGAGGACCCUGACAAACGCGUCUCCAUCCGGGCCCACGACAAGAGGAUAGCCUGUGAGGAAGAGUUCUCAGACUCUGAGGACGAGGCUGAGGGGCAAGGUGGCGGCCGCAGGAACGCAGCCAAUCACAAAAAGGCAAAGAGAGUGAAGAAGGAGGAAGAGAAGGAAGGAGAGGAAAAGAAAGAAGUCAAAGAGGAAGAGAAAGAGGAGGAGAAGAUGGACACAUCUGGACCAAAAGAGGAGAUAAAGACAACUUGAAGUGAUCCUGAGGGAGAAGUGUCUGUCCUGUUGUCCUCAGCCCAGAUUCCUGUUUUCCUCCUGCAACCAGAGGAUCUUUUUGUAUUCCUGUUUUCCUUCGUUCCUGCAGACAAACCUGCUUUCCAUUGUUUACACGAGUUGAGCAGCAGGUGGAUGGGAUGGAGGUCAACCCCACCCACCUGCCACCCACUGUAUGAGAUGUAAAAUUCCCUCCAACCCCUGUGAGCUCUUUGUGGACAUCAGGUUUGCUGUGAUAAGAAAACUGUUUCCAUGCUGGGAUUUCUGAUUAAAGCCUGUCUGUGGGGCCUUCCUGUUUGGUUUUUUUAUUGGUAAGUAUUUAUGAAGCAUCAAAAGCCCGCCCUAGGCAAGCAGUUCCACCUUACCGUAAACUCAUCAGUGAAUGCAUGCUUAGAAUCAUCAUCUCACCUUCAGCAUGUACAUAUUUCUUAGUCUCUGCCCUCCACCAGUCCUGACUCUCUGCUCAUUAAGUUAUUUUAAAUCAUGAAUCCGGUCGGCUCAUCCUCCCAGGAAUAUCUGCUCUGUGAACCCGUUUCCUUUCUGUGCUGUUUUUAUGUUUGCGAGUGAGUGGGACCCUCUCAAGAGGCUGAUGCUGAGCAAAUGACUUAUUUAGAGAUUUUGUAUCAUUUUACAGAAAAGUAGAGAAAGCCAGUGAGGGGCUUUCAAAGUGUGGCUGGUUGGAGUUGUGUCCUUGUGAAAUGUGCAUUAUCAUAUCUUUGUCAUAAAAAAAUAAAGAAAAUGGAUCCAA